AUGUUUGAAGUACCAAGUUAUGAAGUAAUUACAUCUUUUGUGACUGGUGUUUUCAUAGGAACUUGUAUGUCCUAUGGUUUUCGUAACAUUAGACCAUUACUAUCUGGUUCAUUAACAAGUCUUACUACCAAUACUAAACUUGUCUUGGUUGUCAGGAAUGAUUUGAAAAUGGGCAAAGGAAAAAUUGCAGCUCAGUGUUCACAUGCUUCUGUUGAAUGUUAUAAAGCUUCAGUUCAAUUUAAACCUCAAAUUGCUCAAUUAUGGAAAAUGACUGGCCAGAAAAAAGUUGUUGUUGGUAUAGAAUCAGGAGAGAAAGGAUUAAAUGAACUGUCAAAAAUUGCAAAGUCUCAUAAAGUUCUUUCUGCUAUAAUAUAUGAUGCUGGAGCUACUCAAAUCAAAGCUGGGACACCGACUGUAAUUGGUAUUGGUCCUGAUAAUUCUACCAUUAUCGACCAAAUAACUGGACACUUGAAAUUAGUUUAAAAAUACAAAUAGUUUAUUAAAAAGUAAAUGUAAACAAAAUAUAAAAAAUAAAAACAUUAGUCAAUUUGAUAUUUGGACGGAAUUGUUUGCUAUCCUAAUUAAAAAAAAAUUGAGUUUAAUUAUUUAUUACAAACAUAGUUAUUAUUGCACACAAAGUAAUAAUAAUAACUGAAUAAGGAGAUAUGUUAGUUGAUGAGUUACAGUUGUCUUCUGAACAAUAGCAUUCUUCCCAGUAUACUCCAUUCCAUUCAACUCCCCAAUUGCAUACUCCAGUAACACCGGUAUCUGAUACUGAACCACAGCGACGAAUAACAUUUUUCCAACGUCCAUCCC